UUAACAAUGAUUAAAAACAAUAGUUAAAAAUGUGAAAUGAAAAUGAGAGUGAAGAGCUCCAAUUAAUAUCGAAUUAAAUAAACAUUAAAUACCCAAAAUUCUUUUUCUUUAAGAAACCUAUCAAUCAUCAAUCUGAGAUAUCAAGAUUCAUCAAUAUGAGACAUGAUACAUACAUGCAUCGCUAUAUCGUACAAUUUAACUGAUGCUAUUCAAAAUAUUAGAUAGCAAACGCUACCCGGAUCGUAUGUAACGAAAAGUGGUACCUUUGCUACAUCUCAACGAAAGGGAAUGCGCGAUCGGGUCGUCGCCCCGCGAAAUCACAUUCGCGAGGAACGCGUCGGACCGUCACUCAGUCGCGCGUCAUUGGACGCAUUUUCGUAAUGACCGACCAAAAUUAUCGAUGAGCGACCACCGCUGGCUCAUCGGUGAUAAUAGCGUAACGGAUGGUGGCAACGGUACACCAUCCCUCGCGCGCACGUUCCCUGACGUGCGAGGCGCGAACGAGCAAAAAGAAACGGACCGGCGAAAGAAGAGAAGGGAUGAGAACGAGGGCGAGAUGCAGAGGACGAGCAGCGCUGCUAAGUCGAAUGUCGAGUGAUGCCAAAGUUAAAUAUAAAUGCGGGCGGCGAGAGAGAGCGUCGCGACGCCCCAUCCUGGAUCGAUGAUCCAGCACCGGGGCCAGUCUCUCCGUGAUCCGCGUCGCGAUCCGGUACAGAGAUCACCCUCCCUCUGUCUCUCGCCACCCCCGAAUCACACCCCGAUAAUCAAUCAAUCAAGUUCCUCACGAGCGAUCGGUUCAUCACCAAUCGCGAGUUCCGCAGCGAAUCCCCGGCAAAAGGGGAAACGAGCGAAAAAAGUGCGAAGGAGUACGGAGCAAUGCUCACCUGUGACCGAGGCGGAGUGAAAAGCAGUUCGAAGUAGCCCGAAAUGUCACAACAGCAUCCAUCGAGGCCACCUGGGGGCCACGGGCCUCCGGGAGGCUGGUCAGGACGAGCUAACGCGAGUGCACCGAGUCCUUUUAGACCUGCCUCGCCCUACACGCCCUCGUCAUCGCCGCAUCCGCAAGGACGGGCCCUCCGUGGACCCCCGACGCCGGUCCAUCCGGCUGCUCGACCUAUGUCACCGCUCACGUAUCCCGGAAUAAUGAUGCACCCGAUGAGCCCGGUACCGAUCGGGAUGCCCAUCUCUCCCGGAAUGUCGCCCGUCUUCGGCUGCCCCACUUCCGGUUACAUCCAAUGUCCAAGGCCACGGUGGCCUUCGCCGAUUCCUACAAGCAGUCCAGCACCGAGGCCGUUCAUACCGUUGCAGGUACUCAUUUCCGCAUCUGCAAAGAAUGAUAAACAUUAAUAAGUAACUUCAGAAGUAACAGAAUAACUUCAGAUUUUAAUGUGAGAAUGAUCAAUCCUUUGCUAACUUAAUGAUAAAGAUUUUUCAUGGGCAUUGAUACAAUGUGUCUGCACGAGAAACUGUUUCUUCGAU